CCCAGGUCCUCAUACUUGCAUGGCAAAGGCUAUAUCCACUGAGCCAGUUCCCAGCCCCCAUUCAAUCUGUUGCCAUCAGAAGUCAAUACACAGUAACAGAGACAGGAAACAAGACAGUCACUGUGGACAUACCUUGGUCCGUCAGGGAAGGUUUAGGGGAAUCCUCAGCUCUUCCUGAACUUCAUAAAGGUCUCCUACAGGAGUCAGAUUGCAGAGCUGUGCUGACGGCCUCCAAGGAGUUGGUAGUGGAAGAGACUCGGCAGGAAAAUGUCCACCUCAAGUUCUCAGUGUCCACCUUUUUUCCUUCCACAGAUCCUCCCACUGUGACAAUCACCAGCCACGGGCCCCCAGGAAGAAACAGGACACUCAAAUGUCUGGCCUACGACUUCUAUCCACAAAGAAUUAGACUACACUGGAACCGAGCUGGCAAGAUGUUAGAGUCUGAAUCGGGGAGAGAUAGUCUUCCUGAUGGAAAUGGCACUUACCAGUCUUGGGUGGUGGUGAAAGUCCCCCCUCAGGACAGAGCCCCCUACUUCUGUCACAUAGAGCACAGUGGGCUGUCGCAGCCUCUCAGAGUGCAGUGGGUCGAGAUGAAAAAGGCAAAAGUCGAAGAUAACACGGGGAUUCAGCCCCAGUAAGUUCCCUUUCUACUGAUGUGAGAACGCUGAACUUCAGAAGUCAGUAUUACCAACAAGGCCUCCUGUAGCACACACAAUGGGAAUCCAGGUGGUAGCUAUGGAGACAGAAGACUUGAAUGCCAAGCACUGAGUUCACUCUCAAUAUCAAAUCAUCUUGCCUUGCCAAACUCCUCACUGAUUAAUCUGUAAACUCUCACAAUAAUCCUUGUGCCCAGAACAGCAGAGAAAAGUGUUUCUAAACUAUGAGAUGUUGUAAAACCAUGAGCUGAUUUUAUUCUUUA